AAACAGCCGAGAAAUACCCAUUCACUUCAAGAAGACGACUAAAAGAGCCGGAUCGUUCGCAAUUGCUCGCUCAUGAUUGAGCAGUCAGCACAGCGCCGCCCUGUGAGUCUGCUUGGAAGAUCUGUCUGAGGAUGGCAAUUAGUAGAAUGACAACACAUUUAAUACAGAUAUACCUUUAUUUAUAGUUACCACUUUUAUCUGUCGUGUUCAUGUUUGGAAACCCCAGGGGACAUAACUGCUAACCACAACUGAAGACAAGAGUGAAGAUAUUUGCUCUGUUCUCCACCCCGUAAGGCAGACUGCCAUAGACACAAGUACAUCCCCAGGGGACGUGGAUCCUGGAGGAGAAUGGACUUCCCAGGCCACUUUGAGCAGCUCUUCCAGCAGCUGAAUUAUCAGCGUCUGCAUGGUCAGCUGUGUGAUUGUGUCAUUGUUGUGGGCAGUAGACAUUUCAAGGCCCAUCGUUCUGUGCUGGCAGCCUGCAGCACCCACUUCAGAGCCUUGUUCACGGUCACAGAGGGAGACGCUAGUAUGAAUAUGAUCCAGCUGGACAGCGAGGUCGUGACAGCAGAAGCGUUUGCUGCCUUGGUGGACAUGAUGUACACCUCCACGCUGAUGCUAGGAGAGAGCAAUGUGAUGGAUGUCCUGCUCGCAGCCUCCCACCUGCACCUCAACAAUGUAGUCAAAGCCUGCAAACACUACCUAACCACAUGCACCUUGCCCAUGUCCCCUUCAUGUGAUAGACCACCCCCUCACCGUCAACAACAGGAGCAGCAGAGGCACAGGCAGCAGGCGGCAGAGAUUGCAGUGAACCCUGCAUUAGCGGCUAAUGCUAACUUGGCCGCAAACGCUGCCACCUCAAAGUUACAGCGCUCUUUCUUGCUGCAGCAGCUCGGCCUCAGUUUGGUGAGCUCUGCUUUAGGUGUGAUGGAAGAGGACAGGGUGGGAAACAGAGCGGUGGAACAGAGAGCCUCCUUCCCUAUACGUCGCUUCCACAAGCGUAAACCCUGUCCCAUGUCUGAGGAGACACCAAGGCUGAGGCAGCGGCACUCUGCGCCGAGCUUGGGAUUACUGCCGGAAGACCAAGAAGAAGGAGGUCUUCUUUCACCAGACUCUCACAAGAUGGGGGAUGAUUCCAAAUUGGAUGCCGGCAUACUUUGCGCCCCACAGGACGAUCCCCAGAUGCCAAGUCAGUCAGAUAGUGGGUGCUGCGAGGGGGAGGAUUUGGGGAGGCUGCAGGGAGGGGUGGGCAAGGAGGAGGACAUGGAAGAUGGCGACUCCCAGAGCAACAGAGCUGGGGUGAAGGUAAAAUCAGGAGGUGAUGAGGAAGAGGAGACAGAAGAACAAGAACAGAAGGUGCUGGUCAAACAAGAGCCGCUAAGUUCACCCGAGCCAGCAGUCGAAUUCAGUGACGUGACAUUGCAGGCUGAAGGCAGCGACCCCGCCGAGCCUGUGGUGGAAAAGGUGGAGCUGAGCCCAGAGAGCAGCGACGACCGCAGCUUCACUUCGGAACCACAGCCCAGCUCUAACUCGCUGCUGCAGUCCGGCUCACAGCUUCUCCUCAAAACAAGCAUGGGAGGAGGAGGCGGGGGAGGUUUCAGGUGUAGUAACGGGUUGAACAGCAAACCUGAUUUCAGUAUUUCCAGUUUCCUUGGCCCGAAGAAUUUUGGAAGCGGUAACAGUGGCUUGAUUGGUGGAGAGGAUGACCUGCCCAACACCACUACUGGGGAUGCUGUUGCUCAUAAUUUUAUGCUGAGACAGGAGGCUUCUGGACUGCCCAGUUCUGCCCCGUCCUCUCUGCUCCAGUCAGAUGCACUCAGCAGUGAAGGCCGUACUCAAUUUGGAGAUAACCUCCAAGCCGAUACCCUUUUCCUUCACCCACUACAUGACAGUUUUGGGCACCCUAGAGGAAGUGGGAAUAAUGGUAAUGGUAAUAGGGUUGAUCCAUUUAGUUUGGACUUUCAGCGCUCCAGUCUGGGGCUACAUUCCUUAGGGCGUCCCACACGCAGUGCUAGCGGAACAACCCCCACCAUUCUGGGUUACCCAGGCUACAGACGCAUCGCCCCAAAGAUGACUAAUAGCAUGGGGAGGGAAGAGGGCGGCGUUCUCCAGGACCCUGCCUCGUCCAGCCUGGCAAGCCCCAUGCUCCUCUGCAAGAGCCCAGGGUAUGAUAUGUCCGGCAGUAGGCCCACAUCUCUCCCGCCACAGCUCACCCCAGCCUCAGCAGAUGUCCUGUCCAAGUGCAAGAAGGCGUUGUCGGAGCACAAUGUCUUGGUGGUGGAGGGCGCUCGCAAAUACGCCUGUAAGAUCUGCUGUAAAAAAUUUCUGACGCUAACCGACUGCAAGAAACACAUCCGGGUCCACACGGGAGAGAAACCGUACGCUUGCCUCAAGUGUGGGAAGCGCUUCAGCCAAUCCUCACAUCUGUACAAGCAUUCAAAGACCACCUGUCUACGCUGGCAGAACAGCAAAAUGUCCAACGCCCUCCUGUAGAGCUCUUGGGUUCUUGCAUUUUCAAUCCAUAGGAGGAUGCUUGAAGUAGGUGUUCCUCAACGACAAGGAGCGCAAUUCUCCAACAAGGUUAGCUCAUGACAAAAUAAUGGUGAUGCAACUCAUCAAAACACUUACAUUGACCUAUAAAGUAACAAACUAGACAACUUAUCUUCUUAUGGAUUAUGCAGUGCGGCCCUGUCACUCCAGCAAUCAGUAAGAUCGUUCAGAUAUGUUGUCUGCUUGGUGCUACGUUUGCACCUUUGACCUUUGUGUUUACUGAUGGGACUUUACCUUCAGCCACCCACUGAAAUGCACCGGUAGAGUGCAAAGAAAGGUGUGGAGUAAAAUGCACAGCAUGCUUUCUGCAAGUUGA